UCACCUUUGGCUGUUAGGUGUACUUCCCCACUCUUCCAGUCAACCUCCCCAUCCUUACUCCGCGAAGCCAGCCUACCCUGUUUUGGAUCACAGUCUCAUCUCUGCCAUCUCCACUUGCUUUCCGCAGGAGCACUGUGCUCGCCUCGAUCAGCAAUGACGUUCUGCUCAAGGUGUUUGUUGAACCACGCACUGAGGGUUGCGAAUCUUGUGGUGAACCUCUGCGGCAUGGCCAUGAUCAUCUACUCCCUCUGGCUGCUGAAGAUUUGGAGCCGAGGCGUCGCCGAUUUGGAUGCCACCGCCUCUUCCUUCCCGACGCCAUGGUUUAUCUACGCGUUGCUCGGCGUUGGCAUCGUCGUCUGCUUCGCUGCGGUGGUCGGACACGCUGUGUCUAACUCCGUCAACCCCGCUGCUCUCUCCCUUUACAUCGUGUUCGUCUGUUUCAUCCUUCUCUUCCAAAUCGUUGUGAUCGUGGAGGUUCUGUUCAAGAUAGACUGGCCAACGGUGAUCUCCGGGCAUCAUGAUGGCGACGCCAAAUUCGUAGCUUUCUUCACAUUCCAUGUAAACAUUUGCCGUUUGGUUGGGGUUGUGAUUUCAGUAGCACAGGUGAAUGUUCUGGUGAUGGCUAUCGUUCUGCGGGCUUUGGGGCUUCAAUCAAGCAAUCACUGCGAGGGACCGACUGUGCCUGCACUCAGAUACUCGUUUCUUGUGAUGAAUGGAUCGGACUCGCCGCCGGGCCUCCCUGCUCCGGCCACACCUCCUCCAGGAGACCACAAUUGUGAGCCUGCACUGAUGAUUUUUCGAGCUUCGGAAGUCAGAUGGAUGAGUGCAUGAUCCGCAAAGAUUGCAACCUGUCGUAAUCCAGAUAACAGGAUCCAAAGAAAACUUUAGAUUCCCAAGCAGCAGGAGGAGACUAAAGACCAUUGAUCCACAGACCUCUCAAUAAAACUAUUCUGUGACAGAUGCAGGAAAAUAAAGCGAAUUUGUUGAUUUUUUUGCAUUUGUUGCCCACCGAGGAAACCAGUCAGUUCUCUGAUUAAUCUAGCUUUCUGUGCCUGCUAUAUGUAAUGUUGAGUUUCUACUUUUGUCUUCCCAUGGAAUGGCCACUGUAAACUCCAUCAACAUUCAAUAGCAGUCUGUCUUUAUCGAUUCACUGCA